AUGUUCAUAACGAAGACAGAGUGGGCCACCGAGUGGGGCGGCGCCAAAUCUAAAGAAACCGGGACCCCCUUCAAACGCCUCCCUUUUUAUUGCUGCGCGCUAACUUUUACGCCAUUCGAAGACCCUGUUUGCACAGCUGAUGGCACCGUUUUCGAUAUUAUGAAUAUAAUUCCAUACAUCAGGAAAUUUGGGAAGCAUCCAGAUACCGGGGCUCCGCUUAUGCAGGAGGACUUGAUACCGCUUACUUUUCACAAGAAUCCUGAAGGUUAUUAUUUGUCUCAUUUAGAAUUUAUGAAUUCUUAUCAUUCAUUUUUUGAGAAUGGAGGUUCAGUUGCUGCAUUAGAUGUGUGCAAUGCAUUGGAUUAUGUCAAUGACAUAGAAGCAAUUCACCCUGCAACUUGA